AUGACAAACGACCCGGAUAACAAGUUUGCGGAGUCGUCGCCUGCUCUGGCUUUUGAGAAAGACGCGUUUGAGCUGACGGUGGAAGAUGUUUAUGACAUCUCCUACGUGAUCGGACGGGAUUUGUUGAAAAUCAGCAGCACAGGAGAAGAAGUAUCCGACCUGCAGUUCAGAAUAGUCCGGGUUCUGGAAAUGUUUGAGGCUCUGGUCAACAAGUACAACUUGUCAGUGGAGGAGCUGAAAAUGGAACGGGACAACCUGAAGAGGGAACUGGACCGAAUCGUUCAAGGGAAUUCAACUGCACAGAGCACGCAAACAGCAGGACCCAACCAGUUGCUGGUGGAUCUGUCUGACCCAAACAGACCGCGGUUCACCAUGCAGGAGUUGAAGGAGGUUCUACAGGAGAGGAACCAGCUAAAGGCUCAGCUCAUGGUGGCUCAGGAGGAGCUGCAGCUCUACAAGAGUGGGAUUCUGCCACAGGCUGAAGCUCCCAUGGUGGAAAUAGAUCUAGAGAUACCAGCAGCUAGAGACAACAGUUCAACCACACUAAGUGAUAGAAAAGAGGAGAAGACAACCAUAAGCAAACUGUUUUCAUUCAGGCGGAAAUAAGGAAAACUGUUGACAAGAAACGGACCACAUAGAGGAUUUGUCAGCACAUCAGUUAAGCAGUUUUAUACCCAAUGUUUUUACCUUAUGUAUUGGUCACCCUACUAAGCACUAUACAUAUAUUAACUGAUGAUUUUAACCUCAGGUAGUUGAAGGGGUGUAGGUGGUAGGGAUGUAAAUAUUAUAAAAUGAAUUACAAUUUAAACUUAAACUGGAAAGUAUUAUUAAACUGCUCUAGGAAAUUCACUCCAAAUAAAGUUAAGUGUUGUUGUAGUCCAAACACAUCCCACAUGUGUAUGUAUGUUUUUUCUUGCACGCAAGCACUGUUGUAAGAGCACUUUAAAUUUCGUUGCACUUGUGCAAUGACAAUAAAGACAUUCUACAUUCUACAUUCUACAUUUUAAAAGGUAAGGCAUUGAAAGGGUUGUUAAAAUAAAAACAUGUAAAAUUUUAUAUUUUCCUUAACGUAUCUGUACUGAGAUUGGAUACUCUUUUUUUAUCACUUUUACCACUAAAGUAAAUUAGCCACACAAACAUUUCAACUGUUUAAAUAAAGUCGACAGUGCAAGUAUUAAAUGUUGUUGUUAUAUUACAGUAUUGCAUAGCAUUACACAAAGAACAUUCUUGUUGUUUACCACAAAGAAAACACAAGAUGCAAUUUCCCACAAUGUAAUGAUUUUUUUUAAUUACUUUUGCUAGCUCUUCCUGCUAAAAAAAUCCAAACCCUAUCUUAGGUAAAAAAGACAGUGACAUUGUGUUGUUUUGUUAGAAACAAACGCUCAAAAUUAGGUACAGUGUAUGAUUAGAUGUGUUAGUCAUGAAUGUGUUUUUAAAGCACAGUUCAAAUUAAUUUGGUCCAAUCACAAACAGAAUUCUACAUUAAACCAAUGCAAAAAGGCUGAAGAGCUGAAUGUGGCCCCAGGAGCCACAGGUUUCAGACCUCUGGUUUAGACAAGCCAGGGUAGAACAACCACUGUAUCUCUUCACUUUACUCUUAAUAUUGUUAGGCUAACCUAAUAAUGGAAGGUUUGUUUAUUGUGGAAAAUUUUUGAGUUAUUCCACUCCUUUUACAGACUUUUAGUGUUUCAUUCAUCUAAGUAUAUUUGAAUGCAAUAAAAACAACACAGGAGGAGAAACAUGAAAAUAACUAGUUUUGAUUUCAUUUAGUGACAACGUGCAUCAAAGUUAAUUUAAUAAGAAUCAUAUUAGAUGUUUUACUUUUACACCACAGAGUGAUGAUGAAGUAAGACUGUCCAACUGAUGUUGAACUGAUUAUUUGUUUAUUUAAUCAUGUAUCAGGGUCGCAUGGGCGCUGGAGCCAAUACCAGCAGUCACUAGGCGAGGAUGAGGUACACCCUGGAUUUCACUAGUCCAUGUGCUUUAUACAAAUUAUGCAAUUUUUAACAGCAUUUUGCUUUGCAUCUCAGUAAAGGAAUCUUUAAUUGUCGUAUUUAUCAUACAUAAAACAAAUUCACUGAAGGGAAAACUACCAGAAUAAAAAUACUUCUCCAGAUAUUGGUUUGUAAACAAUCACUUUUGUUUUCUAUAAGCUGAAUGAUGGACUGCAGUUGUUUAACUCAGUCCACCAAUUUUCCAUAAAAUGGAGUCACACUUUUGUUCAGGCCAGGCAGGCCGCAGUUCAUGAGUUUUCAAUGUUUUGCGUCUUGUUAUUACUUUAUAUUGCAGUUCCUUCAAGUCUUGAGAUUGUACUAAUAAUGUGAUCUGAAAUCAGAUAUAUAUAAUAUAUAAUAAUGUUUUAAUUUUCUGAGCCACAUUUGGAGGGUCAGAGUUGUUGUCGUGGAAAUGGCCAAAUAUUUAUACCUUAGUUCGAACAAUAUCUUAUCUGUGUGGUGUUUACAUCCUCGUGGCCUUUUCGCAGAAAGUUGGGAUUCCUCCCUUUCUCAUUUAGACUCAAGAUUAGGGAAACUGGAGACGGUAACUUUUGUUAAUGUUGAUUUUUCUAUUGUUGUUCUAUUGUCCUGCAAUGUUCUUGUGACAUGUAUUCUCUGCCCUUCUCUUCCCCAAAUGAGCUUGAACUGGAAAGAAAUGGUUAAUAAAAAAAACACCAGUAUCUGUAAGACUGAUUUUAUUACCAUCUUAUAUUUUCUCCCUAUUAAGUACAAGCUGCAAUAAGUUGAACUGUUGUACAGCACAAGCAAUAAUUUACAAUUUCAUCACAUCAGUGUUAGUCAUUGGAAAGUGGAAACACUAUUAUCCUACUCAAAUACUGUUUACAUAAGAGAAAUAUAAAAGAA